UUUUUUUAUUACAGCAACAAACGUAUUGUUUCAUUCGUCGACGUAGGCUAGUUGUAUCAAUGUUCAACGUGAACGCAAAUGCAACUGUCUUGCAUAAAAACUAUCUAAGAACGAACUAACUCAAGUAACACCCAUAACAGACCACCCACAGACUGAGAAGGGGGACCCGCCAGCAAGGACAGAGAAGACUUGAGUUCAGUCAGUGGAGGCUAGUGGAGGACGCCAUUGAAACCGAGAACUGACAGACUUGAAAUUUGUAGCGAAAGGAUAACUAUGAAAUGGGGAAAAUUCAACAACUAUUUCUACGUUGAAUUAAAGUUGUAGUGCCAAGGAACACAACUUUCGUUGCCAGUUCGUAGGAGAUGACGGUCCUCAACGCUGUUCUAGAGGUGAGAAUAGUAGUGGAGGUGGGGAUUCUGCCAGGACAAUGGAGAAAGUUUUAGCUAGCGAGUUAGUAGAAGCUAGCUAGAAACAGGGUUACAGGGUGACGACGGUAUUCAAAACCUUUAAAUAUCAGAAAUGAUUCCCCUGGUAUGCCCUGUCUCCUCCGGCAGCCCAGUCUCUCACCAUGAAUGCUAGCGGGAAUGUCUCCACUGUGGGAAACGCCACAGCUGCGUGGGACGCUGGCGGGGGCCCGGUGGUGCUGGAGUCAGUGUUCAUCGUCACCAUCGCCCUCCUGGCCUGCCUGGGCAACUUCCUCAUCGUGGCCACCCUGUACCGCAGGCCCUACCUCCUCACACCCAGCAACAAGUUUGUGUUCAGCCUGACCCUGUCCAACCUGCUGCUGUCAGUGCUGGUGUUGCCCUUUGUGGCAGUGAGCUCAGCGCGGCGGGAGUGGGUGUUUGGUGUGGUGUGGUGCAACUUUACCGCCCUGAUCUACCUGCUCAUCAGCUCGGCCAGUAUGCUCACCCUGGGGGCCAUCGCCAUUGACAGGUACUAUGCGGUACUGUACCCCAUGAUCUACCCCAUGAAGAUCACAGGCAACCGGGCGGUGGUGGCAAUCGCCUAUGUGUGGCUGCACUCCCUGGUGGGCUGCCUGCCACCCCUCUUCGGCUGGUCCUCCUUCGAGUUCGACCGCUUCAAGUGGACAUGCGUGGCGGCCUGGCACCGCACCCCUGCCUACACCGCCUUCUGGGUCACCUGGUGCAGCCUGCCGCCGCUGCUCGCCAUGUUGGCCUGCUACGGCGUAAUCUUCCGCGUGGCACGCCUCAAAGCCCGCAAGGUGCAUUGUGGGACGACGGUCGCGUCUUCAGAGGAAACGUCAUCGGGUGCUCAGAGGAACGACCAGCGUAAAAACUCAUCUACGUCCACGUCGUCCAACGGAAGCCGGUGGAGUUUAGUGUAUGCUGGGAGCCAGUGCAAGGCUUUCGUCACCAUUAUGGUGGUGAUCGGGACCUUCCUGGUGACCUGGGGCCCCUACGUGGGGGUGGUGUGUACAGAGGCCCUGUGGGGUCAGGGCAGCGUGUCCCAGGGCCUGGAGACCCUGGUGGCCUGGCUGUCCUUCUGCAGCGCCGUCUGCCACCCGCUCAUCUACGGCCUGUGGAACAAGACUGUGCGCAAGGAACUGCUGGGCAUGUGCUUCGGGGAUCGCUACUACCGCGUGGAGUCGUUCGCCACACGCCACCGCACGUCACGCCUCUUCAGCAUCUCCAACCGCAUCACAGACCUGGGCAUGUCCCCUCACCUGACGGCCAUGUUGGUGGGAGGAGGGCAGCUUCUGGCCCCCGGCAGCAGCACUGGAGACACUGGCUUCAGUUUCACUCAGGACUCAUGUACAGACGUCAUGCUGCUUGACACCUUCUCCACAGAUGGCUCUUCCCACAUUGGAAGCGUGGCCGUAAAGAGGCGGAGCUCGGUCACCUUUGAAGACGAACAACAGCAGAAUUCCAAAGCUGCAGAGAGCACCACCAUUCCCUCUACUGUCCAGGUCCAAGUAGAGAUACACAAAUCUCUGGACACCUUCGCCUCCUGCCUGGCCAGGGCCAUCGAAAGCGACGCUAAGCUCACCCUCUUUGGCGAGGACACACCCCUAUCUGGGGUGUUGUUUGCGGCUGCGGCGAGGGGGGCACAGAGGCCCCGUUACCUUGACGGUCAGAGACUGAGGCUGGAGAGCAUCGAUGAAGGGAUCGUCAAAGACGACAGAGAAGACCAAGAGAGGGAGAAUGCAUAGAACAAAUAUCCCUUUUCUUCUUUUAGGUACCUAAGAGUUUAUGGUACAUUGGGCAUUGCAUACUUUAUAAUCUUUGAACUCAGUACGCACAGUGUAUAUAUUUAAAAUAGACAUUUAUAACAAUGCAAGGUUUCUGCCAAUUACAGUGCAUGCCUCUGUAUCUAUUCUCAUGUGAAUAGAUACUUCACAUCAACAAGUGGGCCCAAUGACCAAUUUUCAUACGUUGAAAUCUUAAAUAGCAAUAGACACACUAAGGACAUUUUUGGACCAAAUGCGUGCCAUAUAUUGAGUGCCUUGCUAGUUGUACUAUAUAUACACCUCUGUUAAAUAGGAAGCCUCAACUACUGUAUCUUGACGGUUCAAUGUUUGUAUUUUCAUUGGAAAGCUUUUGUUUAUGCCUAUGAUAAUAUCUUAAGCCACUUAUUCCUCAUUUUCUUUCCAUGCUUAAAGACUGCCUCUUGCUGGUGUGAACAGAUAAGUCUGUUGUGUAGUAUUAGACGGGGGGUGCGUUCAGCAGGGAACAACGUUGUGGAACGUUUAUAUAGAAAUGUGUUAUGUAGAACAAACAUGCCUCAAUGACAUGUCAAGUAAGGGAUCAUGUCAGUUCUAUUCAUGACAUUUCUAUCUACAACAUUUGCCAACUGAACGUGGCCAGGUAUUCCCGGGAGGAGAACUUCCUGGUUCUCAGUAGCUGUAAUGCUUUUGGAGCAGAGGACCAACUUCCUGUAUACUUCAACAUUUCACAGUAUGACAUGUGAAAACAUGCCCUAGAAGAUAAUGUACAUUUGAAUGCACUUGAAUAAUGCAGUACCCAGAGUAUGAA